AAAUAGGGAAUCCUAACACUUCUUUUUCCCUUGCUGACUUAAAUCUCCAAACUCCGAGAAAAUCUCCAAAUUUCCGAGUUAGUUUUUUAUCGUUUAAAUUCGUCACAGUUCUUCAAAUUCCAAGAAACCCACAAGAAAAAAAUAUCAGUAUCACUUCUCUUUGGUGAGAGAGAUCACACCAAGCAACCAAAAAACAAGAGAAAUCUGAAAAUCUUUACAUCAUCCAUCAAUGGCAUCAUCAGGCCUGACUCGUUCGGGAAGUGCGCCGCAGUUCCAUCUAGACGAGAAGUGGAAGCUGGCCAAGAAAGACAGUUUAAGCGGGGGCGCGGCAAGGAUUACUCGCUCCUCCUCGACGUCUUCUAUCCCCAUGAACGGCGGCAAGAAGACACACAAACAGGGGAGAUGCGCUUUUACGAGGAAGUGCGCGAGAUUAGUCAAAGAACAGAGAGCUCGUUUCUACAUCAUGCGUCGAUGCGUGAUCAUGCUUGUCUGCUGGAGAGAUAAUUACUCAGAUUCUUGAAAAAACCAAACACCAAUCUCUCUCUAUCUCUCUGUGUUUCUUCAUCUCUCUGUUGUGAAACAGAAGUAGAUAGAUCAUAUACGCAGGUGUACAUAUGCUCUUUUGUUUUCUGUUUCUUUAGAUUAAAAAUUAGAUUUGUAACUUUUAUGUAUGAGUUCUUGCAAGAGAGGAGGAUGUAUGAAAGCCUUUUUCAAAAAAAAAGAGAGAGGAGGAUGUGCUCAAGAUCAGGUUUUAACAAUGUGAUCAGUAUAAAAUAUUGAAUUAGAUUCUUAUUGUGACGAUUA